CAUCAGGAGAUACAAUUGGUAACCACUUGGGCAAAUAUCAUAAAAUGCUAUUUACCCCCUCUGUGGGUAUCCAUCCUCUGCCUUUAAAUAUUUCCUUGAGCUGCAGAUUCCUUAAAUUGGGAUAUUAUCGAGAUGAUAUUCAGCAUGAAAAAUAAAACUUCAACAUUUUAUAUAACUCUUACUACACUACCAAUUAUUGGAUAUGGGAUUUAUUAUUUCUAUAUGCGUAAAAAGAAAAACAUAUUUUUGCAGGACCCUAAUAUAAAAUAUAUUGCAUAUUUAAAAUCUAUAGAUGAAGUUAGUCAUGAUACUAAAAAGUUUAAAUUUGGACUCCCCACAAAUAGCCAUGUUUUAGGCCUACCUACAGGGCAACACUUAUAUUUAAAUGCAGAUAUUGAUGGGAAAAAAGUAAUCAGACCAUAUACUCCUAUAUCUCUUGAAGAUUCCAAAGGGUUUUUUGAUCUUGUUAUAAAGAUUUAUCACAAAGAUGUACAUCCCAAAUUUCCAGAUGGAGGGAAAAUGACUCAGCAUCUAAAUAGUCUCAAAAUAGGAGAUGGAAUUGAAGUAAGGGGACCUAGUGGAAGACUCAGAUAUUUGGGGGAUGAUAAGUUUUCUAUCAAACUUACCUUUAAAGAUAAAGAUAAUGUUGGUCCCCCCAGAAUUGUCAGGACUAAGAGAAUUGGGAUGAUAGCUGGAGGCACUGGUAUUACACCUAUGUUUCAAAUGCUCCAAGCAAUUUUAUUGAACCCUACUCCCGGAAAUAAGGACAUACAAUUUGAUUUACUGUUUGCCAACCAAACUGAAAAAGAUAUUUUAUUAAAGGAUGAAAUUGAAGCACUAGCUAAAAUGUUUCCUACUCGUUUUCGUUAUUGGUACACUGUCGACAAACUAACUGAAGAUCCUAAGGAUUCUGGCAAAGAAUGGCCCUACGAUAUAGGUUAUGUCAAUGCCAAGAUGAUAUCUCAACAUUUACCAUCUCCUUCUGCUGUUUCUAAUGGUUCUACUUCUCAAACUACUUCAAACGGGGUUGUGGAAAAUCUGGAAACCCUAAUACUAACCUGUGGCCCUCCGCCUAUGAUUAAAUUUGCCGUUAGCCCAGCCCUUUCUAAACUUGGUUACAGUGAUAAUGAAAUUUUUGUGUAUUGAUUCCGAAAAACUAUCUAAAUCAUGUUUUUUAUUACAUUUCCUACAAAUAUUUUUCGUUUAAAAUAUUUCCUCCUUUUUAUUUUAUUAACAUAAAUUAAAUGUAUCAUUUUAUAAUUUUUAUAGUAAAUUUUUUUGCACCUAUUUUUUUUAUUAACACGUUGCCCUUUCAUUUAAUUAUUUUAUAUAAUCUAUAUUUAAAAUUUGGCCAGUGUUGGGAUUUGUGAUAUUUAUUUAUAAUUUAUUUGCAUUUAGGUCAAUAUUACAUUAAUCAAUUGUUUUUUAUUUUAUAAUAUUGCAGGGUGUAUUUAAAUCGUUUAUUUUUUAAAGAUUAAAUUUAAUAUGAUUACAAA